AUGCAAGAGGUCCAGGAAUACCCUGUGGAAGCAGAGAGGGCUUCCUUGAGAGAGCAGAUUGCAGUUGCAUUGGCAGGACUUGUGGCAGAGGCAAAGUAUGUGCCAGAUGACCAGGAGGAUAUGCAGGAGGAGAAGAUAACUUGGCUAAGGCACUGGGAGGAGAAGACAGUGGUACUGAUGCCCUUGGUUGAGCAAGGGAAGGUGCUUGGGGUCUCCAUAUGGGUUAACACAGAAGAUGCUUCCAUGCUUGCUGAGGCUGAUGACCUCUAUGAACAAUGGACCAUGGAGGAAGCCAAAGCACAUGUGAGGGCCAAGCAGGACAUACAGAUGGGGGAGGAGACUGCAGUGGAGCUCAGUGAUGAAGGUGGGGUGGUUAAGAUGUCCCAUGUGGAGGUCCCACAGCCUGCUCACAAGACUGUUGCUGAGAGCAACAAAGAUGAGAGGCCCAAGGUAUCCAUCCCCCCCAGGCCAAGCAGCAAGAUGUGUAGUGGGUGUGCAAGGAUGAAGCAGGGCUGCAAGAAGUCCAGAAAGGGGGCAGGCAAAAGGGCACAGGCUGGCACAUCAGCACCCAAGGCUGGCCCUUCCAAGCACACCCAUGAUGAUGACAACAAUAUUAUGGAGGUGGUCAAGACCCAUGGGCAUGGCAAGGGACAGGCACCCAUGCAUGGCAGGGUGGACAAGAAGACUGCCAUGGGUCUUUUGCAGGCUCUUGGGUUGGUAAGGGCCAAGGCCAUGGCUGCACACACAGCCAACCUUUGUCUGCAUGUCUGCAUUGAGCAGCUGGCAGAGGCCUUGGCCAAGCUGGGGGUGGAGUAG